GGUUUCGGCGGGAAAAAUCGUUUUGUCGGGAAAAUUGAGUUUUACGGUAUUGGCGGGAAAACACAUUUUGCGGUUUUGGCGGGAUAACUCGAUUUUGCGGUUUUCAGUCGGAAAACUCGAUUUUGCGAGUUUAGCAGAAAACUCUAUUAUACGGUUUUUGCGGGAAUAUUCAGUAUUGCGGUUUUGGACCAGUUCAAAAUAUAACACAAAUCGAUAAAAUAAUAACUUUUUAGAAAAUUCUAUGUAUAUAUUUUUUUCCCUGUAAAAUUAUAAAUUAAUAAUAUUUAAAUAUAUAUAAUUCAUAAAAGCACAAACAAACAUUGUAUUAUUAGUAUUAUUUCCACAAUGGAAUUCAUGUCUAUUUUUUCUUAAUCUUAAAUAUAUUUUGAUAAUAUUUAGUAAUGUUCUAAAAAUCGCUAGGCGGUAACUUUGCGUUUUAUAGAGGACUAGCGACUAGGCGGAUUAUUCGGGGCCUAAGCGAGGCCUAGGCGUUAGCAAAUUAUUGAUUUAUUUUAUAUAUUUUAUACAUUUGUAUAACAUAUUUUAGUUUUUAAGUUUAAUUAUAAAAUUAUUGUGAUGAAUUAUCAAAAUUAGAUAUACAAAACAGAAGAAAGUAGACAAAUUUGUAGAUUUGUAAUAAUAUUAUUGCUUUAUUUAACAUAUAUAGACAAUUUUAGAUCGAUUUUAACCAAUUUUAACCGAUUUAGAACAGUUUAAACCAAUUUGAAUCAUAUAAAUCAGUAUAAAUCGGAUUUUAAGAAAAUCGUUUCGGAUAGGACCGAGUUGCUGCCUAGGCGGGGGCCUAGGCGCCGCCUAGACCGAUUUUUAGAACCCUGAUAUUUAGUUAAAUUAUAUCUAAAACCAUAUUCGAGUCAUAUGAAACAUAUUUCAUAUACAUCAAAUAAUAUAAUAAAAAUAUCAGAGUCUAGUUUCUAAAAUUUAAUUAAUGUAUAUACAGUAAAACUAACAAUUUUUUUUACAAAAAAUAUAUAAAUUUUUUUUAAAAAAAACUUUUUGUAAACUAAUACCCUUAUAAAUUAAUAAAUUACCAUAUUUCCAUCAUUAUUAAUUUAUUGAGUUUUUACUGUAAUAUUACAUGUUUGAUUUUGGAAAAUAGGCACCAUAUGUUAAAAUUAUAACAAUUGUGAAAGCUUAGAAAUGUACCACUCUACUUAAGCAAUUAAAAAGUUGGGUCAAAUCAUACUCAAAAGAAAGACUAAUAAUUGACAUGGAACAGAUUAAUCAUAGCCUUAGAGCGGCUGCAACGGGAGUCCGUCAUGAGUCCGUAGCCCAAGUCCUUAGGAUAUUUGAAUAUUAAUAUUGUGAAAUGGGCUUGUUUUUAGACGGAUCUGUACGGAUCAAUCCGUUAAUAAGGGAUCAAAGGAUUGAGUCCUUCAUGUACACGUGGCGUGCGAUGGUUGGGCUUUGGAUACUUUUGUGUUCCGUUUAGGUGAAAAAAAAAAUCAUUCGCGUUUGAACCCGUGGAAAAAAAAUUCAGAGCUCAAGUGAAGAGGCGAUUUCUCUCCGUCGUCGAUCGUCUUCUUCCGUUAUCUUCAAAGGCAAAUACCGUUCUUCUGUGGUAGAUUUAAGCAUAGGUUAGCUUCGUUGUUGUUCUCGUGUCCCUCUUUGCUUCGUAUUUCCGUCGAAUCGAAUUGGGGAUUUCUUCGAUUUAGGGUUUCAAAAAGUUUCGAUUUUGGAAUUUGUUUUGAAUUCGUUUAUGUUCAAUUGGGGAUCAUUUUGUUUGUAGUUUGGGUUUCAAUUCGUUUUGGGUUUCAAAACACGAAUUGUUUUCAGUGAAGAUUUUGUCAUCGAUUUGUUUUCCUUGUAUUGUUUAGCUUCCAUGUAUAGAUAGGUUAGCUUACUUGUAUUGUUUUGAGCUUAUCUUAUUUUUUGCUUAGUUCGAAAACUAGUUAACUAGAUCCCUCAUUAGUCUCUGUUGUUGCGUUUUGUUCUUAAUAUUUUUUUUUCUUAUUCGCUAAUAUAGUUUCUCUUACCAUAAUUUCUGCAGGCGAACGAACCAUGGGCCAAGACUAUAGCUACACUCAGCCUUCUUCUUCGUCAGAGGAGUUAGACAUCACCUCUUUAAUUGUAGCAGAAGGUGAACUCUACGCCAAUGAAGUUAAGAGUAACUUCACAAUUUCACAGGAGGAUCAGUACGCAGCUGCACCUGAGGCCGAUGAAGGGAUCCCAAGGACAUGCUAUUGCGGUAGUGAGCCUGUAGUUAAAACGUCGUACACUCCAAAAAAUCCAUACAGGAGGUACUUCUCCUGCAACAACGUCGACGAUGGAGAGUGCCACAUCUGGAAAUGGUGGGAUGUGGCGAUGCAAGAAGAGCUCCGUGAAACGCAAAUACAACUUAGGAUGCUCAAGGAUCAAUUCUUUGAGAGUGACCAGAAGGUGGCUAAGCUAGAGAAGAUCUUACGUGUGCUAAGUAAGAAGACAGCAGUGGUUAAAUAUCGGUUUGCAAAGGGAGUUUGUCUACUGCUCUUGGUAAUAGUGGUCAUCGUAAUGUGGAGGAAGAGCCUCGGAGGAUUUAAACAUCAGUGUCUGAACUCGAGUUGGGCUUCAAAGGUACAGCAGCAGGACAUGUGAACCAAGUCACGGGUGCGUUUGGAAUCUCGAAGUGUGUUGUUGUUUUGCGAGUCACGGGUUUAUGUUUUGUUUAAGUAGUAGUAGUAUAAGUAACCCUCUCUGUUUUCCCCUGUGGUUACUCUCUAUCAAACUUCUUUCCUAUCUAUCAAAGGUGUAAUCUUCUUGCUGUAAUCUUGUUGCUACAAACUCGGCCUCAACUUCAAGUUGUUGUAAUCGAAGAAGUUUUAGGUAACUUCUCUUUAUGUUCUCUUUCAUCAUCAGUCUUUGUUUAAUGUUUUAGCUAACUUCUCAUCAGCUUCUCUGUCAGUUAAUAGACCCAGAAAUAUGUGAAGUUUAUCAUAACAACUAUAACUUAUAAUUACUCUAUUACAGAAUGAAUUAUGUUGCUCUGCCACUUACAUAAAUAUUUUAGACAUGUUUUAUUAUAUUUUCUGGUCAAAUAAAUAUAAAUACAGAUAGAUUUUGAUAUAAAUACGCAAAUAAAUAUAAAUACAGAUAUAUUUUAACUAAUUUGGAGUAAGAUUGAUAAAAGGGAAAUGUGAAUCUCUUACAUAAUUUUAACUAAUAGAUUAAAAACUUGUACAAUAUAAUUAUUUAUGAAACAGGAUAUCUAGAAAUGUCAUCAUCUUCAUCGGAUGAAUUCGAAGAGAGAUUGGACGAAGUUUUCGAUGAAAUCUUUGAAGAUACUUUCAACAAUAUAGUGGAGGCCCAAUCCAUACCGCAAAGUAGACGUGCUUAUGUGGAACGAAACCGCGAAGGAGGACACGUCCGCUUAUGGAAUGACUACUUCAGCGCAGAUUGUAUAUUUCCGGCACAUUUAUUCAGACGUCGUUUCCGCAUGAAUAAGGAAUUAUUCUUGCGUAUUGUCCAUGGCCUAUCAGAGUGGGUUCCAUUCUUUCAGCAAAGAAGAGAUGCAACCGGGAGGUUCGGUCUAUCUCCAUUACAAAUAUGUACGGCAGCUAUUCGUAUGCUUGCUUAUGGUUCUGCGGCUGAUGCGGUUGAUGAAUAUCUCCGACUUGGUGAGUCCACUGCACUUUCGUGUUUACAUAAUUUCACUGACGGAAUAAUACAAUUAUUUGGAGAAGAGUAUCUACGACGACCCACACCCGAGGAUCUACAACGACUACUCGAUAUUGGGGAGAAACGAGGGUUUCCUGGGAUGGUCGGGAGCAUUGACUGUAUGCAUUGGGAGUGGAAAAAUUUCCCAACCGCUUUGAAAUGACAGUACACACGUGGAUCAGGAAAACCGACAAUUGUCUUAGAGGCUGUUGCUUCACAAGAUCUUUGGAUAUGGAAAGCUUUUUUUGGUCCUCCAGGUACCUUAAAUGAUAUCAAUGUCCUCGAUCGGUCUUCUGUUUUUGAUGACAUUUUAGAAGGUCGAGCUCCGAGGGUAAAGUACAUGGUCAACGGACACAUGUAUAAGUUGGCGUACUACCUCACAGACGGUAUAUAUCCAAAAUGGUCAACAUUUAUCCAAUCUAUCACCCUCCCUCAAACUCCUCAACAAGAGUUAUUUGCUAAAGUUCAAGAAGUAACCCGAAAAGAUGUGGAGCGGGCUUUUGGAGUAUUGCAAGCUCGAUUUGCGAUUGUGAGAAACCCGGUAAAAACAUUGGAUAGAGAAAAGAUAGGGAAGAUUAUGAGAGCAUGUAUCAUACUCCACAAUAUGAUUGUCGAAGAUGAACGGGAUGGAUACUCUCCUAUUGAUGAAGAUUAGGAAUUAUUCUAUAUUUAUGUUAAAUAAUUGUUCUUAUCUUUAAUUGUUGUAUUUUUAUGUUUAAUUAAUGUAUUUUAUGUUUAAUUAUUGUAUUUUAUGUUAAGUUAUAGUAUUUAUUCAUCUAAUAUAUAAAAAAUUUAUUUCACUAAAAAAACAAUUUUUUAAUUCCUAAGGAUUCUAAUUUUGGGAUCACCAUUGUACACACAUUUUUCACAAGAAUCCUUAACUAUUCAAAAAAAAAAAAUAAUAAUAAUAAUUACUAAUCUAAUCUUAAGGACUCCACAAUUGGUAUCACCAUUGUGGAUGCUCUUAUUUCCAUGUUCACGGUUGCAGUUGCAGUUGCGCUGAGCUUGGAACAUAAGGGCACACAAAUGGGUACUAGAAUACCGGGAGCACAAAUCCAAAUUUGUUGUUUUUUCUAUGAUUCAGACCUCUCCCAUAUUCACAGACUUGAAAUAUUCAUCGUGUCCAAUUAUGUUAGCUCUUUGGUUGUAACGGAUCUCAGUCCGUGUCCACCAUUGUCUAGAUCGACAAGCACAGCAACUUUCCUCGUCAAUGAAGAAACUCCCAGCUAGACCAUCAACAUUAAAAAUAGAGAUGAACCUCAAUAACUUGCUCCAUGAAACAGCGUCUUGAUUAAUCUUAUUUGUGAUCCAAAUCUCCAAUGCCGGACCGUUCACCCAGCUUUCCUGUAAGACCGCAAGCUGCUCCUCUCUAACAAAAGAUAACGACACAAAUAUAUCUACACUAUGAGCGUUAAAUGGUGGAGGCAGCCGCUUACUAAAUCUCUUUGUUGUAAAAUCAAAAGAGAUUAUAUCCUCAAUAUUAUUUCUUCUACCCACUCUCAUCCUCUUUUUAGCUAAAAGAUGAGUAUUCCUUUCAGAGACACGCCACUUUGAUAAAAAUCUAUAUUUAUUUCAGUAAAAAUAAUGCGUGAUUAUGAAAAAUAUCACUGAUAGAUUUGUUUACAUGUAAAGGGUAUAUGUUUUCUCUUUUAACUAUCUAAAAUGCUGCAUUUCAUGCUUUGAUUUUAUUAGUCGCCUAAUUUGGGUAUAUAUAUGUUUUUCAGUUCCAUUUUCCAGGACAAGUGUAGUUUACUAUAAUGUAGUCCAGUUUUGUUAUAUCAGGCUAUGUCGAGAUGACUGUUGCAGUAACCGAGUCAGUGUUGAAGAAGAGAAUGAGCGAGCACGGAACAUUCUAAUGCACCCUAUAUUUCAUAUGUUGAAUGAGCUAGGUCCAUAUGUUGGAUCCAAUUGGUGUCAAAAUGUAUGCCUUCUCUAUGAUAACAUUCUGAUGCACCUUGGUAGAUUUGUGUACAUGUAAAGGGUAUAGGUUUUCUCUUUUUACUAUCUAAAAUGCUACAUUUCGUGCUUUGAUUUUAUCAGCAGUCUAACUUGGGUUUAUAUACGUUUUUCAGUUCUAUUUUCCAGGACAAUUGUAGCUUAAUAUAGUGUAAUCCAGUCUUGUUAUAUUUGGCUAUGUCGAGAUGACGGUUGCAGUAACCAAAACUGUUGUUCCCGAGUCAGUGUUGAAGAAGAGAGUGAGGGAGGACGGAACAUUCUAAUGCACCCUGAAUAUCAUAAGUUGAAUGAGCUAGGUCCAUAUGUUGGAUCCAAUUGGUGUCAAAAUAUAUGCCUUCUCUAUGAUAACAUUCUGAUGCACCUUGGGUUUCAGGGGAUAGGGAAGCAUGACAUCAUCUAUGUGGACGAUCUGAUCCCACAUUUCGUAGAACAUUUGUGUUAAAAAGUGUGCCUAGACGAGGCCUAGGCUAGAGGUGAAGUUACUUGGACCCGGCGGUGAUUGUGGUAAAAUUGAAGAAGAUUUUGGAGGAGAUGGGGCUGGUGAAUUGUUUGUGGAAGUUGAAGAGUAUAAUUAUGAUGAUGAAUGGAUUUUUAGUUUUAAAGUUUGUUUUCAGCUUAGUUUUAUGAAAACUUUAUUUUAAACCUUGUUUGAAUAGUUUAUUGUUCCGUUGUUUUCUAUUACCUAAAUACUUUUUUGACAUUUGAAAGUACACACUUCAGUUCUUAAACUUGGAAAAUUUAAACAAUUUACACUAGCAGAAGUUCAGUCACAUGAUUCAGAAGUAAUCGUUAAGAGGAGAAAAACAAAAACAAGUAAAAAUUAACAACUAACAACGCAAUACAAAUUAUUUAAACUUCAAAAUAAAAUAACAUUUUUUAAACUUAAGAAGCAAACGUAUUUCUAAUUAAACUACAAAUGCAAUUGUGAUAACAUAAAACAUAAACAUUGACCAAAUACCAAAAACAUAUCUUAAACUAAAUAUUUGAGUUAAUUAUUCAUGUAAUAGAUAAUCAUUUUAGGUAUUCAUUAAUAUCUUGUAUAUUUUUGGUAUAUUCAUAUAUUUAUUUGGGUUUGGGUUUGGUUCGGGUAAAACUCAUAAUCCAAAAUACCGUAGAAACAAGACCCAUUCGGUAUUUAUGUCGGGUUUGGUUUGGAUUCAUUUUUAUCGGAUCGGGUUUGGUUCUUGUUUUUGGAUUCGGUUAAUUCGCCCAGUUAUGUAUCAAAUUAAAAAAAUUGUGUGAGUUAUAAUAUAUGUCAAUAUAUUUUGGAUUUUGUUUUAAAUAAGUUAUAAAUAGAAUAUGCAAUGUAUUAUGGAUUAUGGAUUAUUUUAAAUAAGUCACUCAUAAAAAUCCAUUAGAGUUAAUUUCAAAUGAUUAUAUAUAAGAAUAUGUGCAAAGUCAUUUAGAUGUGAGUAUUCAAUCAUUAAUUCUAAAUUCUACUAUAUGAUAUAUAGGUUAUAAUUUAAAAGAUUAAAAACUGAAAUAAUUUUUAAUGAAAUUAUGUGUACGAAUUACAAAUUAUCUAUAAUAUAUCUUAGAUUUUGUAUUUAAUCAUUUACUCAUGAAAUCUAUUAGACUUAAUUUCAAAUGACACCAUAUAAUAAUCAUUUAGUUCUGAAUAAAAUGAUUUUUAAUGAACUAUUUGAGCUUAACUGAAGAACACUAUAUUUAGAAAUCUAUGACACAUGAUUUACAAAUUAAAGAUCGGAUAACAUUUAGUUCUAAAACAAAAUCUAAAAUCAUUAAAUGAAUAAUACCAAAUUAUGGUUAAAUUUAAACUUUUAAAAGUCCAUCAUUAUAUAGCACCUCUUUAGUUUUAAAUACGUUAAAUUAGAUUUUAGUAACACUGAAUUUUAAAAUAUAUUAAAUAUUUACAAAAUACAAAAUCGAGUAAUAGUAAAUUUUAAAUCAAUUUCAUUAAUAGAAAAAGCAACAUAUAGUCGUUAGAUUUGGACUAUAUUAAAAUCCUCUCUCUCUUUUUUAAACAAAGAACAUUUAUUCUUAAACUCCCUCCUAAAAAUGUCUUUGAAUCAUAAAUACAUCACUGAGAGAGCUCUGCAUCAUCCUAUUGCAAUAUAUAUAUCUCACUGUUGGAUUUAAUUCUUGUUACAGCAAUCAAACGUAGUAAAAAACUAGAAUUUCAACCAAUAGGAUCACUCUAAAACGAAAAUAAAAGAAGGCAGUCGAUUGAAAAAUCAUAGUGUCUCUGAGAACUUGAAACUUAGCAAAACAAUCAUCAUCAUCAUUAUAAUCAACAUCAGCUGCGGUGUGUCAUCAUCUAUCUGGAUAUUUUCUUCUGAUUUGUAAUAAUGUUCUAUCAUUCGAAGAAACACAUGCGUUGGUUCAAUUUACGAAAGAGACACAUGCGAAGAAACUCCUCACGUGAUCCACCGAAGUCAACACACCCUAUCGUCUACGAAAAACAGAACCAACAUGUUGAUUAUGAGUAUGAGAAGUUAAACUUCAGCAGAGAUGGGUUUGAUGAAUGGAUAAAAACUACAGAUUUUAUAUCAUGUUCUCUAACUGGUUAGUCAUCUGCCAUUAUUUUAAAGUUUCCCUAUAUAUGAGCGCAAGGUUGAUUUCAAAAAUAAUCAACCAUUUUCCCUAUAUAUUAUCUUACUAUGGAAUCGGGGUUUUCAUAUUCAUCAAAUACCAACAGCCUUUCCCUUGUUGUUGAUCCACCUCCAAAAAUCGAUUUGCCUUUUGAGAUUUUGUUUAGUGUUAAUUCAUUGGUGCAUGAUGCGUGUUUUCCUGCCACAAGUCUUGAUACUGAGUUUUAUCUGUUUCUUGAUCCCAAAACACACGACAGAGCGCAUUCAUUGAUUAUGCUCUUCAAAAGUUAUUGUGCCUUGGAAAAUGUUCGUAUGCUCAUGUUGCUUGGCUCACCCAAGAGUACUCAGAAUGGAAGAAGAAAGAAAAGCCUAUGCAAUCGACUUUAGAAUAUAAACUUAGACUUUUUAAUAUAUGUAGGGUUAAAGUUACACCAACUAGAGUGUACUUCUCUGGACCGGAGCCUUAUGAGUCAAAUCGUGUCUUUAGAUACUAUGACAAAAUUGUUGAUAUACUCUAAAGACUCGAUUUUACUCAUGAGGCUUCAGUCCAGAGAAGUACAUUCGCGUAGGUGUAAUUUUGACCCUACGUAUAUUAAAAAGUUCACGUUGAUAGUCCAAAGUUGAUUUCAUAGGCUUUUCUUUCUUCCCCCAUUCCAAGGACUCUUUGGCUAGCCAAGCAACAUGCUCAUAGGAACAUUUUCCAAGGCAUAAUAACUUUGGAAGAGCAUAAUCAAUGAAUGCUCUGUCGUGUGUUUUGGGAUCAAGAAACUGAUAAAACUCAGUAUCAAGACUUGUGGGAGGAAGACAUGCAUUCUGCACCAAUGAAUUAACAUUGAACAAAAUCUCAAAAGGCAAAUCAAAUUCUGGAGGUGGAUCAACAACAGGGGAAAGGCUGUUGGUAUUUGAUGAAUAUGAAAACUCCGAUUCCAUAGUAAAGAUAAUAUAAGGGGAAACUGUUGAUUAUUUUUGAAAUCAACCUUGCGCUCAUAGGGAAACUUAAAAAAAAAUGGCAGAUGACUGACCAAUUAGAGAACAUGAUGUAAAAUCUGUAGUUUUUAUCCAUUCAUCAAAUCCAUCUCUGCUGAAGUUUUACUUCUCAUACUCAUCAUCAACAUGUUGGUUCUGUUUUUCAUAGAUUUUGGGACCUCCUUUUUUAACUGAAUCAAAAGAGGCUUUGAAGCCUUUUCUUGUGAGAGAUGCCAAUUGAUUUGCCUGAUGUUCUCAAAAGGUAUCUUCAUUCGGUAGUUUCACCCAAAUGCACCGAGAAAUGCAGGUUAUGGUUGCCACUUCCAAAAGUAAUCGCUAAGAGGAGAAAACCAAAAACAAGUAAAAAUUAACAACUAACAAUGCAAUAAAAAUGAUUUAAACUUCAAAAUAAAAUCACAUUGUUUAAACUUAAGAAGCAAACAUAUUCAUAAUUAAACUUCAAUGCAAUUGUCAAAACAAAAGUAUUGACCAAAUACCAAAAACAUAUAUUAAACUAAAUAUUUGAGUUAAUUAUUCAUUUAAUAGAUAAUUAUUUUAGGUAUUCAAUAAUAUCUUGUGUAUUUUUGGUUUUUCAGAUAUUUAUUUGGGUUUGGGUUUGGUUCGGAUAAAACUCAUAAUCCAAAAUACUGUAGAAUAAAGCCCAUUCGGUAUUUAUGUCGGGUUUGGUUUGGAUUCAUUUUUAUCGGAUCGGGUUCGGUUCUGAUUUUUGUAUCCGGUUUAUUCGCCCAUUUAUAUAUCAAAUUAAAUUUUUUUGUGAAUUCUAACUUAUGCAAGAUAUUUUGGAUUCUAAUUUAAAUAAGUUAUAAAUAGAAUAUGCUAUAUAUUAUGGAUUCUUUGAAACAAGUUACUAAUAAAGAUCCGUUAAAUUUAAAUGAUUAUAUUCAGAAAUAGUUGCAAAGUCAUUUAGGUGUGAUUAUUCAAUCAUUGAUUUUUAAUUCUACUAUAUGAUACAUAGGUUUAUAAUUUAUAAGAUUAAAAAUUGAAAUCAUUUUAAAUGAAAUUAUGUGUACGGAUUACAAAUUAUCUAUAAUAUAUCUUAGAUUUUGUAUUUAAUCAUUUACUCGUGAAAUCUAUUAGACUUCAUUUCAAAUGACACCAUAUACUAAUCAUUUAGUUUUGAAUAAAACUGAGUUUUAAUGAACUAUUUGAGCUUAAUUGGAGAACACUAUAUUUAGAAAUCUAUGACACAUGAUUUACAAAUAAAAGAUCUGAUAACAUUUAGUUCUAAAACAUAAUCUAAAAUCAUUAAAU